GCGCGUGAUUGAGCCGAACUGGUCACGUGAGUUGAAGUGGAAAAAGGAGGAGGAGGGGGGAACAAACAUGGCCGACCAAACAUUGGAGGUAAACACAGCUGUUGAGGAUCACGUAGAAAAACCAGACCCAGGCGAACAGGAAGUUUCGGGUCCAGCGACCGACGAUGAACCCACCGGUACUCAGUGUCGGGACCCACCCGAGAAUACUCACCCGGCCGCGGCAGAGAGCGGCUGGUCGGCUCCGAUCCUCUCUCUGGCUCGGAAGGCCACGGAGACGAUCAGCAGCGGGAUGAGCUAUGCAGCCGCCCCAAGAAAAGCCUCCCAGGAUUCCGCUGUGGCUUCUGCAGGCGAGAAGGAGACAGAAAAUGAUCUGAACAGCACUGCAGAAAAGCUUCCCGUUGCACCCACUAAAGACCCGAUGGCCAUAGAGAGAUCCAACCUCCUCAGCAUGAUGAAGUUAAGCAUCAAAGUUUUGAUCCAGUCCUCUUUGAGCCUGGGCAGGACUCUCGACUCCGAGUACCCUCCUCUUCAGCAGUUUUUCCUGGUCCUUGAACACUGCCUCAAACACGGCCUUAAAGCCAAGAAGUCCUUUAUUGGUCAGAACAAGUCCAUAUGGGGGCCUCUGGAGCUUGUUGAGAAGUUGUGUCCAGAGUCUGCCAACAUCGCCACAAGUGCCAGAGACCUGCCUGGCAUUAGAACCGGUUUAGGGCGGGCUCGGGCCUGGCUGCAUUUGGCGCUCAUGCAGAAGAAAGUAGCCGACUACUUGAAGGCCCUGUUGGACCGCAAGGACCUCCUGAGUGAGUUUUACGACGCCGGCGCUUUAAUGCUGGAGGAGGAAGGCGCAGUGAUGGGAGGGCUGCUCGUUGGCCUGAACGUCAUUGACGCUAAUCUGUGCAUUAAAGGGGAGGACCUCGACUCUCAGGUGGCAGUCAUUGACUUCUCCCUCUACCUGAAAGAUGCGACCAGCAGCGAGACACCAAAGGAUGAUAGAAAGAUGACAGCCAUUCUAGACCAGAAGCACUACAUCGAAGAGCUGAAUCGACACCUGAGCGGCACCGUCACCGACCUGCAGGCGAAGAUGGACUCUCUGGAAAAGACCAACAGCAAGCUCAUGGAGGAGCUGACUGCAGCAACAGACAGAAUCAACUCUCUGCAGGGGGAACAAGAACAGCUCAGGCAGGAGAAUGAUUCCAUCCUGCUGACGAGCCAGAAGAAGGAAGAGGCAGUGCUUCAGGACAGUCAGGUGGAGCUGGAGACAUACAAACAGACUCGACAAGGUUUGGAUGAGAUGUACAAUGUGGUGUGGAAGCAAUACAAAGAAGAAAAGCGAAUUCGCCAGGAGUUGGAGCGUGAGCUGGAGCUCCAGGUGGGCCUAAAGAAGGAGAUGGAGGUGGCCAUGAAGCUACUGGAGAAGGACAUCCAUGAGAAGCAGGACACUCUGGCAGCCUUACGGCUCCAGCUUGACCAGGUCAAGACUCUUAACCUGCAGAUGUUCCACAAAGCAGAGGACUCAGGGCGACAAGCGGAGAAAAAGCAGGCUGAGGCGGUGCAGCUGGAGCAGAGGAUAAACGAGAUGGAGAAGGCUAUGGUGGAACUAGAGGAGCGACUGCAGAAAUCGGAGCAGCAGAGUCGACAAACCGACCAGUCAGACAAAGACAUGAGGGUGGAGCUGGAAGCAAAAGUCGAUGCUUUCCAGAAACAGCUAACAGACCUGGACACGUUAAGAACGGGGUUAGAGAAUGAGCUGCGUGCAGAGAGAGAACAGAGACAAAGCUUGCAGAAAGCGCUGCAACGGGAACAGGACAACAGUACCGAACUGCGCACCCAGCUGCAGCAGCUGCAGGGCCUCCACACGGAGCUGCAGGAUUUGAAGACGGAGAAAAAGCAGCUGCAGCAGAGGUGUGAACAGCAGGAGCAGACCCUACAGGAAAUGGGCCUGCAUCUAAGCCAGUCUAAACUCAAGAUGGAGGACUUUAAGGAGGUUAACAAAGCCCUGAAGGGCCACGCAUGGAUGAAAGACGAUGAAGCCACACAAUGCAAGCAAUGCCAGAAGGAGUUCUCCAUCUCACGUAGAAAGCACCACUGCAGAAACUGCGGCGACAUCUACUGCAACACUUGUUCAAGUAACGAGCUAGCCUUACCGUCCUACCCUCGGCCUGUGAGAGUGUGCGACGUGUGUCACUCGCUCUUGCUGCAGAGAGGUUCCUCAACAGCUUCCUGACAGAAACAUUUAGAACUUUUACAAGUUUCUACAGAGACUUCCUAUCACUGGAGAAACCCAACCACUGAAGUUAGGGGCGUACAAUACUAAUUAUAACCAGGUUUGGAGUUUCAUUGUUGGCCGACUUGAAUUUCAGGUGCAUAAACUUGUCUGUAUUAAACAGUGGGCGACAUUUUUUCAAAAACACUGAUGAGAUGAACUAAUGAAUGUUGACUAAAAAGGUUUUAAAUGUUUCAUUAGCUGAAGGAAAAACACUGAGUACUACACAAGAUUAGAGACGCACCAAUCAGUCUAAAUCAGCCAGUUUUCACUUGAGUUGCACUGAUCGAAUGCAUAUGCUUUGGUGCAUAAAUGGGGAUAAUAAAUAUCUAAGAAAAACCUAUGAAAAAUCUCUCGAUUUGUAGAUAUUUAGCAAAAUGUAUUCACUACAAACAAAGCCUGAUUGUUGCAUCUCUAGUAACUACUCUUUAUAACAGAAAACUGGAUGUAUACUAUGUAAACUGAUGGGUUUUGCUAGAAUUUCUGUUAGUUCAUUUAACUUCAGCUGCCUUUGUACUGAAUGAGAGUGUGUGUAAACAACUGUAGAAUCCUAAAUAAUCAAACUUAAGAAUGUAUGAAAUUGAAGCUUUGUAGAUUGUCAACUUCUGCAAAAACCAUUUAUAUAAUCUGCAAAUUGACUUUUAUAAAUCGAUUUGAUAAACCAAUAAAACCAGUUUUUCCAGCUUUACUUUCA